AUGGAUUGGUCUAAAAGUAAACUCAUCUCGGAUCAACUUAGACGUCAAAUCGCAAAAACUGAUUGUUUACCACCUAGAGCCUACGGGCUACCUAAAAUUCAUAAACCGGAUACACCGGUAAGAAUUAUAGUUUCGUUCACAGAUAGUCCGACUAUCAAUCUAGCUCGCUUCCUCAGUCAACGUAUUGGUAACAACAUCGACCCUUCCUUGUCACGUGUAAGAGAUAGUUUUGCUCUGUUUGAUGCUAUUAGGGACUUUCGUCUCCCACCUGAUCAUGUAUUAGUUUCGCUAGGUGUUGUGUCAUUGUUUACAAAUGUUCCACAAGAUCUUGCAAUCAACGCGGUGAAACAGCGUUGGCAUCAGUCGGUGGACAAAAUUCCUGUCCCACUUAAUGAACUCAUAAAAGCAUUACACAUCUGUUUUAAGGCUGCCAUAUUCAAAUUUAAUCAGAACAUAUAUGCUCAAACUUAUGGUUUACCGAUGGGCUCGCCGCUCUCUCCAAUUUUGUCGGAUUUGGUUUUGGAUGAUCUUGAACAAUAUUGUCUCAACAAACUGGACUUCAAGCCUUCAUUCUAUUUCAGAUAUGAAGAUGACAUAAUCACAGCUGUCCCUUCGGAUAAAGUUGCAGAAAUGCUAUCUGUCUUCAACCAAUUCCAUCCGAGAUUACAAUUUACCUCUGAAAUAGAGUUUAAUCAUCGAAUCAGCUUUUUAGAUGUCUUGAUCAUUAAUGAUAACCAGCUCAUCAAAACAGAUUGGUUUCAUAAGGCUACCUGGUCACGAAGGUAUUCAAAUUUCCAUUCUCACCAUCCCAGAUCUUACAAAAUUGGAACGAUUCAUUGCUUGGUUGACAGAGCGAUCCGACUCUCAAGUAUGGAAUUUCAUAACAAAAAUAUGUCGUUGAUUCAGCAAGUACUAAGUAAAAAUGACUAUCCAUCUCGUCUGCUCAACAAGCAUAUACAGUUCAAAUACGAUUCCAUCUUGUCAUCGACUAGCUCCAACAAUAAUAUCGAUGCAUCUGCUGCACAAGCUAUUCAAAAAAACUAUAUUUCCAUCCCAUACGUUGCGGGGUUGUUUGAGUCACUCGACAGAACAUUCUUUAAGUACCAAAUUCAAUUUGUGGGUAAAUGUGCACAUGAUCUAUCCUCUAUGUUUGAUUCGGGUAAGGACCCCUUACCCCCGGGUAUGCGUUCUGGUGUAGUUUACAAAAUUCCCUGCAACCAAUGCAACAUGUCCUACAUAGGCCAAACUAGUAGGCAACUACACACCAGGAUAACCGAGCAUAAGCGCAAUAUCCAUGAACACGAGGAUAAUUAUACUGCACUGACGAGGCAUGCCAUCGAUUUCGACCACUCUUUCAAUUAUUCUCAAGCCAGCAUUAUUGACGUUGAAUCAUUGUAUUACAAUAGGCUAUUGUUAGAAAUGUGCAAUAUUGUUGCACAUCCCAAUUCUGUCAACCGAAGACAAGACAUCGAACAUCUGAGUACUAUUUACACCUCUGUGAUACAGCCAAUGUAA